UUAAUCUAGAUAAAUGUGCUAUCUGUAUAGGUGCAAUAGAUGGAAUCAAUAAUACUUGUAACUUGCAGCUUCUUUAUGUAAUCUUAUCUGAAAAUAUUUUGUAAUCAUGUAGUACAUACGAAAACUAUCAUAUUUUAAUUAUUUAUUAGAUUUAGCAUAGCAUAGGACAUAUGUAUUCUGUAAGAAGACAUCGGUAAUUUACAAGUUUGUAUGGUUUCCGGCAUAAGAUUAGGAUCACUCCAUCUCAUUCCCGUGGACGUUCUUAUCGCCUCUUACGACAACCACGGGGAAGAGAUGGAGUGAAACAAGCACUUUCACGUGCAACAAUAGCAUAACAUUCCCAAAGCAGGUCGACGUCAGGCAGGCGGCCCAUGAUAAAAUAAAACCAAACAGAUGAACAAAAGAACAUGAGUAGACUAUAGAUGCGUAUGAGUGAGUACAAACACUGAAAGUCAGUAACUUUCAAUGUCAUCAUUUUUAGCGCAGUCAGCCAGCCCGUCCUGUCGAAUGUCAAUGUCAUUAAUCUUAGACAUUAUAAUUGUAUCUGUGGUCUGGUCAUUAACAAAAAAUUUGCAGAGAGAGAAGUUAUGAAAAAUUAUACCAAAAAUUUAUUUUUUUGGUGCAUUUAGUGACUUCGUAAUUAGUUUCAAUAAAUGGCUUAAAUCGAAAAUCUACUUGAUAUUAUUUUAAUUCAUAUUAUUUAGAAAAUAUUGAAACCACAAAUAUGAUGGAAAGCUCACCGCAUGAUGCUGCUAUACAAACAUUGGAGGCAGCUGCCCAGAUGCUUAUGGCACCACCCAACUUGGUGUCUUCACAGCAGCGGCAUCAAGCAGAGAGUGUAUUUCUUGAAUUCCGGAAUACCAAGAAUCCUUACCAGUUGUGCAGAGAAAUCUUAGAGAAAUCAAACUCUGAUCAAGUUCGCUUUGAGGCUGCUGGUUUGAUAAAGUCUGCUCUCAUAAGAGAAUGGACUCUGCUUUCUGAAGGUGAUAUUUCUUCAUUGAGAGAAUAUUUAUUGAAUUAUCUAUUGAGGAAGGAUGCACCACCAUUUCUAAGGGAGAAACUUCUGCAAACUAUUGCUAUCAUCAUUAAAAGAGGGAGCAUUGAUGAUGGAGGAAGAGAACGGAAAGCUUUGCUUGGUGAAUUAGAAAAGAUCAUCCUUAGUUCACCAAUAAGUCAACAACGAUUAGCUAGCUCAUUGAUAUUAGCCAUUAUGCAGGAGUACGCUAUAACUGUGAAGUCUGCCGAUGUGGGGUUAAUUUGGGAAGUUCAUUUUAGAUUAAAGAAGUCUUUUGAAGCAUUAGAUUUGAAGCGUAUAUUUAGGUUUACAGUUGGUGUGUUAGAACAGAUAAUACGAUCAGGUCAUCGUCCUGAAGGGGAGCAAGCUUUAUUGACGAAGCAACUCCUGACUAUUGUCGAAACAGUAUUAUGCUGGAGUCAUGUGUCUCCAUUGUUAUCAAAGAGAUUAAUUGGUGCAUUUGAAGCUAUUUAUGAUUGUGACACUCCACCUGCUCUGCGUUUGAGUAUGAAUUGGAAGGAUACAAUAAUGCAGCCAGAGCUUCUGGCAUUGUUCUUUGAAAUACACAUGUAUGUUAGGUCUAAUCCGGAUUUAGCUGGGCCAUCUCUCACUUGUCUUGUCCAGCUUGCUAGUUUAAGUGGAGUUGUAGUUUCUAUUCGUAAUUUUAAGCAACAAUACUUAGAGAAUUAUGUAAAUAGUUUUCUGAAUAUGAUGGCUUACAUCCAGCCAGUAGAGCGUGAGAUGUUGGGGAUAGCAGAUAUAUAUCGGAGACUAGUUCAGUUCUUCACUCCAGCUAUGAUAGCAGCCACACCACCAGCAUUUUUGCAAAAUUUAACAUCACUGACUUGCCAUUGCAUCACAGGAUCUGUUGUAGAGGAAGGAAUCAAUGACGACACAGUAUGGAGGGAAUCACUUAACAAAUUCCUCCACACAUGGUGCUCAAUAGUUCAUGAUUCUGGAUAUUCCAAUGAGACCUUACUGAAUCCUUGCAUUGAGAUCUUCAAUACAUAUCUACAGUGUAGAUUAGCUCCGCCGGAUGGAAUAAGAGGCACAGAAAAUACAGAUGAAGAUAUAAAAGAUGACAUCGAGGAGGAUGAACGCAAGCUGCAUAGCAAUGUUUUGUUGACUAUAGGCGCUAUUGCGCGAAAGGCACCCGCGCAUUGCUGCCACGUGCUGUUCACUUUGCUGCAAGACAGAAGUAAGAGACUGGAGUCUCAGCUGCAACUGAUGCACAUGGGAAAGCUGCCAGUGAGCAGUGGCAGCGAAUUAGUCAACUUGUUCGAAGAUCUGCACUGGAUUUUGAUGAUUGCUGGUCAUUUCCUAGCAGUAGAUUGUACAGAGGGCGAAACAAUGAUGAUACCACCUGAAAUAAUCACUUACAGUAUUAGAGAGAAUGCCGAUAUAGACAGUUCGCUUAGAUACCUGGUCGGAGAAACCACUAGUACAGAAAACGUGGAUCCAAUACUCAAAUUAAUAGGCGAAAUUCUCCGUAUAAGCGCGUGGGAAUGCGCGGCUUUAGAAGCGGGCCUGGGCACAGUGUUCAGUCCAGAAUUGUCCGCGACAAUAUCCUGGCUCCUCACAAUAUGGGCCAAUUCCUAUUUGAUGCAACAAUCUUCGCAGUAUUCAGAGAUGUCGUCGGCGCUGGAGGCGGCGUUCGGCGCGGGGUCGCGCGGCGCGGCGUGGGCGUGCGGGCGCGGCGCGGCGCGCGCGGCGCUGGCGCUGCGGCACGCGCACGCGCAGCCCGCCGCCGCCGCGCACGCGCUGCGCCUGCUCGCCACCAUUGCGCAUAUACAGCACAAACAAAACCCACAGGCUGCGUGCGAGGAGUUCCUGGCCCUAGUGGCGUGGGAGGCGGCCGGCAGUAACCUCCCGGGGGAACUGCGCAGGGAGCUUCAUAGGGCAUUCGCCAUUGCCGCUACCUAUGCUGACGGUGAAGUCCGCAACCGGCUGUUAGUAAGCACCGUAGCUCUUCAAGAGAAGCUGAUAAACUUGAUAAAUUCCGAGUCUGAUACGGAACCUGUACGGAAUAUGCUCGCCGACACGCUUGAUUGUUUCAUAGGCAUCACAGAGGGAGUUCACGAGGUUGGAGCUAUGGAUGAACAGUUCAUGAUGCUUGUGGGCGCGUUGGACAAGAUUCCCGGGAUCGUAUUCAGAUACCACAACUAUCCGGGCGUGGUGUUGCCAGCUCUCAACUUCUUGGCUAAAAGCGCCAAAAGAAUGCUGCAUUCGGUGCAACCUGCUAAUGUAACUAAAUUUAUUGAAGUUUGCAACACCACUUUCGAAGUUUACAUUCGGUGGAACUCAGGAAAAAUAUCAAGUAUCCCACAAGACGCCGAGGAAGAAGCAUAUGAAGAUAUCUGCGCGCUAAUGGAGUUGAUCUGCAGCAUCGCUCGCUGCCGGACCGACCUCGGCGUCGGCGAGACGUGUGCUCGCGGCCUUAGAAUACUGUUGCCUCUCAUCACGCCGCCUCUGUUAGCGUUGCCAACUCUGGCGCAACACGCUUAUAGGAUGCUGAGAGAUCUGGAUCAAGCUGAACAGAUCACAAAUCUACCCAUCGAAGAUUUCAACAUGGUAGUAACAGCAUUACGAGUCGGUCUAACCGCCGUCUCUUGCGACGUGUCGACCCUUUGCUGCGACACAAUUGUGGGACUUUCCAACAAGGCGCGAACAUUAGGCGAUAACAAUCCAUACGCAUUAUCUCUAUUAAGUUUAGCAGAGUUACUCCUAAUGCUUAUAAUCAAGAUGGAAAUACCACCGGAUUCAAUCCCGGCCGCUGGGGCAGCAAUAUACGCGUUAACUUGCGUCAAACCGGCGUUGUUAGAAGGUUUAGCGCGUCAGCUGAUCGAGGCCUUCGCGGUCAAUGACCCCGCGAACGUACCGAGAUUAGAAGAAGCAUUUGGUGUAUUAACGAACGGAGUUUUGUUCGACGGCCUCCGUCCGCACAAACUACGCUUUCAAGACAACUUCGACAAAUUUCUGGCCAGUGUACACGGCUUCCUUAUUGUGAAAUAACUAAAGAUCACAUUCAUGGUUUGCGUGAAAAAUCAACGGUUUGUCAACGGCAGUGGCAGUAUACGUCGCGUGUUGCAAGAGUACGUUGGUGGUUUAUGCGAAUUGCAAUUCUAAAGACUGAACGUGUCUUCGACAUUGAGCUUGAGCGUUGCUGGAUACCAAAUCAAGUUAUUUAUGAAUGUUUUAAAUCUUUAUUGUGAAUGUGAAAGACUUGUUUGUUUUAAGAUUGACUUUGUAGCUGGAGUCAAUAUUUUACAGCCAGUAUUUCUCUUUCUAUAAACGGAAACGUAGGUCUAUUCUAUAAACUUUAUUAUUACAACAAACCCAAAAAUUCAUGAAAUAAGAGUCAGUUAACGGUAAUAAGAUAAACAGGUUUGCAGAAAGAACUGUUGAUCUGCACUAGGAGUUGAAUUUAGAGCCAACUAUGUAAUGAAUGCCUUUGUCUAUAUAGUUUCCACAACUUGAUUAAAUUUUAUAAAGAAAGAGUUGGAAUAUAUUUUUUGUUAUAUUUUAUAUGUAUAAAGUUGUAAAAAAUUGACUUUAGCUAAUGAGCCUGUAUUUUAUGUAUUAGGACGUUGUAUUUCAAACUCGAAUCGACUUGUCCGAGAAAGGGCUGUGUACACACUAUUGUGUUUAGAAGUUUAGAAUGUUAGCUGCCGAUUAGCUUUAUCGAUAGUCGGAUUUUGACUCGGUAUAUGGCCUAACAUAAGAACAGGGUGCUUACAACUCCAUUUUGACUGGCUAACCUUAUAAUAUCUUCCUUUAUCAUUAAGAGGCUACAUUUAAUCUAUCUGCAAUUUAAUGGUCUCUUUAUCUCUCAAAUAGUGUAAUUUUAUUAUGAAAUUGAUGUUAAAUAGGUAUUUCAAUAAGUAUUCAAUAUAUAAACUGAUGAAGGUUUUUUUUGGUUUAAGAACGUGUAACACAUUGUGUUUCUUUAUGAAUAUCUGACUGGGGAAACAAAACGUCAAUUAUUGCUAAAAUUAUAUGUUCAAGGAUAAAAGGAAAUAUUCGCGAUACUGUGACUUGUUUUCCCGGUCUGUUUAAUGUAUAAUAAAUACUUAUUUUUAAUUGAUUAAUUCGCAAAAAUUAAGUAUUUUUUUUAAGUGGAUCUGUUAAUUAAUGCAAAACAGAUUUUAAGAAUAAUUUUGAACACUUCCCAAUCGCUUGAGUCGUAUAUUUUGUAUCGGGGUAAAGUUGUUUAUAACUGCAUCUACCCUUGAAUUAUUCAACUUCAAAUUUACGGACUUUAUUUUGAUUUAUAAUGUACGAAUUUUUUAUUGAAUGUAUUUCGGUUAAAAAAAUGUAUUUUUCUUAUGUUUACAACGAAAUAUUACUGUUUAUAUAUAUAUAAUGUGGUUGUGAAUGUGUAUAAUGCAGGAUUUAAUGAUCUACUGUGGUAUUACAUAUUUCUUAGUUAAGACGACAGAGUACACUAUGUAUUAGUUGCUAGUUAGGAGAAUUGUGAUAAGUAUUUGUGAACUUGCGUCUACAUUUUUUCAUAGAAAAUUUAGCACUAAAUUAAUUCUAGGUAUUUCAGUCCUUCUUGUAAGUAUUUCGAUUAUAUAACUUGGAUCUUUCCGUAGAUAUUCUUCCACUUCUAGAAAAUGAACUAAGUCAUUUUAUACGUGAAUCGUAUUGAUUUACAUAUAUCAGUCAAUAAUUUCCUUCGAUUUACUCCGUAUAUCUUCAAAUAAGUAGCAUUUUCCCUUGCCUUUCCUUGCAUUUUGGAGUAACGCGCGCACAGAAAAAUCAAACCACACGAUGAACUACUCACAUACUUUUAUUUAAUGCAGUAAGAGUUAGGACCUCGAUUCUAUCUCUAUAUUGAUAUUUUCUACUAAAUUAUCGCCAUCCCGCCAUAUUUCCGAUUAUUCCCAAAACUCUUGGGAAUAUUACAGCUGGUCACAGGGCCGGAGACAAACUCGAAUGGUGAAAUUUCAAGCGCUUCCACAAUCUGCUUUUUAAGGAAGAUUAAGCAAAUCUUCCUUAAAAAGCAGCUUUUGUGCUUCUAGACUACAACUUUAGUUGUCGUUGUUUUUUUUUAAAUAAUCCAUUAGGUACAAAAUAUUUUCUAUAAGUAUAAUUUAGUAUGUAGUAGACUUAUAAUACGCAUAUAUCAGUCAAAUUUUUUUAACUCAACAUAGAUAUUUUAUGGAAUUUCAAAUAAAUUUGGUAAAAUCAAUGUUAUAAAAUACAGCAUAAGCUGAAAUUAAAUAUUCAGCAGGUGUCACCUUAUUUUUUAUAUAAAAAUCUCAAAAAAUGUUACAAUUUCGUAGACGGCAAAGAAAUAUUGCCAUAUUAUUUCGAUUUCGGCUUGAGGCCAUGACGACGUGCCUACUUAGAUUUGUUCGUAUUCAAUCAUUCUAUUAUUCAAUAAAAUCUAAUUACAGUAAUGAUAAACUUCAAAAUAUUUACUUAUGCAUUAUAUGAUGGAUUUAUUGACGAAUUGCGCCAUACUUUACUUAUAAUAAUGUUAGGGUAUUUAUUUGAACAUACGAUAAUUUUUGAAUUUAAUUGAGUGUGACAGUUAAUGUUAAUUAUUUCAAUCUUGUAACAUAUUAUAGUUUAUAUAUUUGUUAAGUUUACAUAAAUUGUAAUUAACGUCCUGAUUGGUAUAGAUUUUUUAAUUAUAUUAGUCAAUCUACGCAAACACUAUUUCAACAACUAUUCGCAAGGUAUAGUAGCUGUUGCGUUAAAAUGUAAAUUAAAAGUAAGUACGUAUUACAUAAGAUUUCAUCUCAAAAAAUAUUGUUUAGGUAGACUGCAUUUUGUAAAUACUCAAAAAAUAUUUUAUCACCUAACUUGGUGCAUUAUUUCAAACACCGUACCUAUCCCAAUAAAAAGUUGAACAAAUUUUAUAAACUGAUAAAGCAUUUUUUUUAUCUGACAUGACUUUAAUAAUGUUGAAAAUUUUGAUCAAAAAAUAUAUUUAAUAAUUUUAACCCACGCAUUUGUUACGUACAAGCUAAUACAUUUCC